UAUGUAGAUGACGCAAGACCUUUCUGGCAAUAUAUAGAUGACGCGAGACCUUUCAGGCAAUAUAUAGUGAGUGCAUCAACAGGCUGUUCUGAUUCUCAGUACUUUGAAGAGUUCUACAGAUAUUUUACUACAGAACAGGCGUGGAAGCUAUGUGAUCCAGAGGCAGAGAAAGUGUUCAAGGCUAUUAAAAAAGCGGGUGUAAAAGUUGCCAUUCUGUCCAACUUCAACACUCGAUUAAGACCUCUCAUACGAGCACUGAGAUGUAAAGACUGGUUUUAUGCGGUGGCUGUUUCAGCAGAAGUUGAAGCGGAGAAAUCAAACCCGACCAUCUUCUUGAAAGCUUGCUGUGACGCUUGGCUCUGGGGAAGUGAAGUUACUUCAUUUAAACAGGUUGCUCAACGGAGAGUGAAGAAUAUGCAGGAAGGUGAAGUUGGUGUGGGAUGUACAACAAAUUGUUCUAAGGAUUCGGUGGUGAAGGAUGAUAGCAGCAAGAUCAUUGGAAUCGCCUCAUCUCUUUCUGCAGAUUAA